AUGUCUUCAGUUCCUGGAAGUAUCCCUGGUGCAAGAAGAACCUCUUCUGCGAGAUCUUCCAGAACAAUUUCCAGCGUGGAAAGUAGUGUAACAAAGCUGCUGAUGUCAACAAAACAUUUACUGCAAAAGCUUACACAGUGGUCCAAGAGUCAAGCAAGUGAGAAAAGUGUUUCAGACGCCUACGUACAACUUGGAAAUGACUUCAAGAUUGUCUCAAAGCAGUUUUUACAUUCAGGUUUGGACGUGUCAGACCUUGGCGAUGUUCCUUUAGACUUGCGGCGUGUAUUAGAAGUGGCAUUACGAGAAUCACCAUCAGAGGAAACUUUGGACAAAUACCUACCCAGGAUUCGUGAAAUCAUAGUCACUUUGCUUGAUAAACUGAAGGUUAAACAGGCGAUGCUAAAGGGAUUAAAGCUAGAUCAGCGAAAAGCUAGCACAUCAAAUGUCAGUUCCACAUCUUCACUUGGACAGAAUCCUGCCCCAUUGGAACAGUCUCGUAGCAAGGAAAGUGACAUAAUCCCUGUUGUGCCAUCAGCGUCGUCUGAACGAAAGCCUGCAGCUACCAGCACACCCACAAAAUCUCAAAACAACCAUCAACUAAGUGUGCCAAAGCAAAGAAAUGAAACUAAUGAUGCUUUGAUGCAAUUGAAAAAAGGUAAUACGCUUCAAAGAAGGGCUUCUAAGAGGUUUUCUGCCUAUCACAUGGCAAAGUUAGCAGGACAGUUCCCCUCGGAUGCUCGUACACCUGUCAUUGAUGACACAGAAACCUUUGAAACAGAUAUCUUACCUAAAAUUCCUUCGAUUUCAAACAAUCCGAAUACUAGCAUUAGUUCAGAGAGCAGCAAACUGGAUGCAAGUAAGUCGCAUGAUACAGAAAUUGUUUUGUAUCUAAAAUUACAGGGUAGAGUUAAGAAGUGUCUUGUAACCUUACCGCUUACCUUUAACAGCUUGCGUCUUCUAUUUGUGGAAAAAUUUACCUACUCCCCCGGUACUGAAGUAUUCCCGGAUAUAUAUAUCCAAGACCCAGGCGAGCAGAUACCGUAUGAGCUUGAAGAAAGUCAUUUGCCAUAUAUUCAAGAAAAGUCAAUCAUCCAAUUGCAUUCUGAAAGUUCAAAUGCAGACAUCAGCAAUCAAGCUGUCCUUCAAGCGUUUGAGAAAUUGAAAGACGAUCUAACGACAAGAAAUAGUGCUAUCAUCUCCCAGAUUCGUAAUCUUCAGCUUUCUGGGAGCUCUACAAACGUCCAAAAGAGUUUCAACUCAACUGAUUUCAGGUCUUCAGAGGAACUACAUGAUAUUAAACACGAGUUAUCGGUUCUUUAUCAAUUACAAAGGACCAACAGGAAGAGUUUAGAGGAAAACAUUUCAAGCAUCUUGGAGAAAAUCAAAACCUUUAAAUCCUUGUCUUUUCACUCGUCUACCACUGCAAAUAGAACCUAUAUGGAAAAAUCGCAUACUAAACUAUCUGAGAUUUCAGAUGCCCUAUUAAGCAAAGUUGAUGAUUUGCAGGAUAUAAUUGAGGCUUUGAGAAAAGAUGUUGCAGAGAGAGGUUCGAAACCCACAAAAAAGAAGUUAGAGACUCUGAGCACGGAGCUACAAGAUGCUCUGACUGAUUUGUCAAAAAUGGAAGACUAUAUUACAAUUGAGAAGCCAAAUUGGAAGAAAAUUUGGGAGAGUGAGCUUGAUAAGGUUUGUGAAGAACAGCAGUUUCUAACAUUACAAGAAGAUCUUGCCUUUGACUUCAAGCAAGAUUUAGACAAAGUUUUGGAGACGUUUGAAUUGGUGAAAUUAUGCUGUGAAGAGCAAGAAAAAAAUCCGAAAAAAAAUAGAUCGAACCCUAUUAUUCCACUCGCAAAACCAGGGACGUUCGGCCAAAUAAGAGAUGCAGUAUUAAUGGAAGUGGAGUCCUUGAAUCCUGACCAUGAUGGACGUCUCGAAGCCAUAGAAAGAGCUGAAAAGUUAAGACAAAAGGAAAGAGACUACAAAGACAGUGAUGAGUUUGAAGAAGAGUUGGGCUCAUUUGUGGAGAAUGGCAGUUUUAAAAAAGCAGGAGGUAUUGAGGAAAUCGAGAGAAUACGAAAGCAAAAGGACGAAGACAACAUGCGCGCCACGUUUGGUAUAAACUAA